AUGAAUUCUCCUCUCAUGGUUUCAGGAGAUAAAAUAUAUCUACUUGGAGUAGUUACACUUCCAGUGACUGCAAGAACUAGCCCAAAGCAGGUCACUUUUAUGACCUCGGCGUAUAAUGUUAUCCUUGGGAGGACAACCUUAAACUUUAUUAGGGCCAUUACCUCAACUUACCACUUCCUCAUGCGUUUCCCAACAGAGCAAGGGGUAAGUGAAUUAAGGGGUGACCAAGCUACAGCUCGUGAAUGCUAUCUUGCUUCUCUCAGAGAAAAGAUGUCCCAGGAAACUCUGAUAAUUGAAGGGUUAGACCGAGAGGAGGAAUACCUCUCUUCACCGCCACUUCUAUACAGAGUAAUACUGGGAGAGGACUUGUAUUUGUACUUGGCUGUCUCCUCAUCAACAGUAAGUUCAACUUUAAUCCGAGAGGAGGAUGGGGUUCAGAAGCCAGUGUAUUACAUAAGUCAGGCACUUAGGGGUGCCAAGGAAAGAUAUCCAACAAUGGAGAAAUUGGGAUUUUCUUUAGUUUUGUUCGCCAGAAAACUUAGGCCUUAUUUCCAAGCUCACAGAAUAGUGGUACUAACAGACCAACCCCUAAGGCAGGUUUUCCAUAAGCAAGAGACUUCAGGACGACUUAUGAAAUGGUCAAUAGAACUUGGGAAGUUCGACAUCCAGUAUAGACCCCGAAUUGCAAUAAAAGCUCAGGUGGUAGAAGAUUUUGUUGCCGAGUUCACACCUUCACAAGAAGACCAUGCUAACAUCUGCACAGAAGUGACACCUCAUAUUCAGAGAAACAAAGAAACUACUCGGACUUUGUUUGUUGAUGGAUCAUCAACUGCGCAUGCUAGUGGAGUAGGGUUGAUCAUAAUCUCCCCAGAAGGAGAAAACAUUGCCUAUGCCCUUCGAUUUGGCUUCAAAGUAACGAAUAACAAGGCAGAAUAUGAAGCCCUCAUAGCUGGGUUGAAACUGGCAAAAGUCAUUGGGGUGGAACAACUCAUACCAUACACAGAUUCUCAGUUGAUAGCAGGGCAGGUCGCACACAAAACUAUCCGACAAGGGUAUUAUUGGCCUACUAUACAAAAGGAUGCUACGGACUAUGUGAAAAAAUGUGAUAAAUGUCAAUGGUUUGCCAAUGUUCCAAAACAACCACCUGAAGAGGUAACUCCCAUGAUGGGUCUGUGGCCUUUCGCACAAUGGGGAAUGAACAUUAUAGGUCCAUUACCCAUGGGAAAGGGCCAGGUCCAGUAUGCUAUAGUGGCUAUAGACUACUUCACCAAAUGGAUAGAAGCUAAGCCACUAGCAAGUAUUGCUGAGACGAACAUAAGAAAUUUUGCUUGGAGGUCAAUCAUUUGCAGGUUUGGAAUCCCAAGAGUGUUUGUCACAGAUAAUGGAAAGCAAUUCGAUAACAUGAAGUUUAAGGACUUUUGUGCUCAACUAGGGAUAAAGAACCAUUACUUGUCACCUAGACACCCUCAGGCAAAUGGUCAAGUUGAGGUGGCGAAUAGAUCGAUAUUUCAGAUGAUAGAGAAGAAGCUUAAGGAUAAGAAGGGAACAUGGCCUGAAGAGUUGCCCAGCAUGUUGUGGGCUUACCGUACAAUGGCAAGAACCCCUACAAGGGAAACCCCAUUCCUACUGACCUUUGGAAGUGAAGCAGUUGUUCUUACUGAAGUUUGA